UUUAGGCCGCUUCAUCCAGCUACAAAAUGGGCUCAGCGAAAAGACAGAUUAAUGCUCACGAUAGAAUUGUCCGAUUGUCAAAAACCGGAUAUUUCUAUUACUUCAACACAUCUUCAUUUCAGGUAAGGGGUGAUGUUUUUUUCGUUCGUUCCACAAAUUUCUAACCGUCUUUGCAGAAUUCAUGUAGAUUUCAGUGACACUCUGAUUACAUGUACAUUUUUGCGAAUUCGGUGGUAGCAAUACCAAAGAGAUUAAGCUUUUAACAUAAAGCCUUCCAGUACCUUGGAAAAUUUGUGCUAUUUCUCUGAGCAGGCGUAUUCUUUUCUUUUCUUUAAUAUAUUUUUAAACAUCGCAGUGCGAAAGGAGGAAAGGAACAGAAAAUUUAUUCGUUGGAGUUGGAAUUCCAUAAAGACGUCGUCCCCGAGGUAAGCCAAAAAUGUAAUUCCGGGUGUACAGUAUAAAAUAGUUGUACAAGUAUAAAAGCUUACAUGUUUCACUUUUUCGGUGUGCUUUGUAAGUUUGUGGAUGGUUUGGCCACUUUGCGACUCUAGGAUUAAGAUUAUUGAUACUUGAUUGAACAUCAGUGAUGGACAACCCUGUUGUGUUUGGUUCAGAGAGUGACAGCUUUAUUUGUCAGGGCCAUCCUUGCUGUGGAUAUGCAGUUAAUAGGCGGGCAUUGAACAGCCAGGAAGUUAUUUUGGUUCUGUUUUCCUUUUGUUUCUAUGAAAGUGGUUGGGGUUCAUGCUCAAAAACAGCCUUUCAUGAAAAACGGCCUUUCAUGAUGUGGCUGAUGGUUUCCCCAUAAAAUGACGUCUGAGAAAAGAGCACAAAAGACACAUCACGUCACAGAUCUGGGUAGUUAUGUGUCAUCAGUAUGGAAUAUAUUUCUCAAAGACUAAUGGAUGCCACUACAGCUCCAGGGGGGCCAGGUGAUGGGUACUCCCAUAUAUGAGCCUGAUAAGUAUGUCCUGCCCGAUAGGGUGUGGUUUUUUAGGGUCUCCUUCCCUAAGUAAGGUAUCAUUUUUGCCCUUGUUGGCAUUGUGUUUCCGGUGCCGGUGUGAUCCUUAGAUAGGGUACCAUUAGUAUAUCAGCUAAAAUCCAGGCGUGGAAAUACCCAGCUACAUGAGAAACAAAUCAUCUGUUAAAACUGAACUUUACCAUAAAUUAUGCUGUGUGUUUUCCGUUGAAUUCUUAGCUUUUGUUUUUUCCUUUAAUUAGGUAUCACUUUUCAGGUUUGGGCCUUAAAUAGGGUAUCAGAUCAGGGUUUAGGUUUAAGACCCUGGGUGGCACACACCUAUCCAAAAUUCAUGGGAAAACCCAUCCUCCUACCCCUCCAGGACUUUAGCACAGUUCAUAUAAAGACGAUGACUCGAAAUCGUGGCAGCCAAGGUGCCCACUAAGGUAUGAUCAGGUAUGUCCUGGCAGCACUCAGUGGUCUCUAUGUUUGCCUUUUGGCAACAAGAAAAACAAAAAUUUGGUUUGAAAAAGAUUAAUUUUUAUCCUGGGCUCCACGGAUUUCUUUGGUUGAUAAGUUGACAACAACAACAGCCUUUCUUUACUUCACAUAAUAUGUGGGAUACUACUGGCCCACAAAGUGGCAGAAACACUAAUCAAGGUGCGUCUCCAUACUGUGGACUCCAUACAGUUUUAGAGUAUGCAGCCUAAAUGAAUUCCCAUAUGAAGAGCUGAAUUUGUGGUUAUUUCCCUAUUGUUAGGAGUCUAAGAAGCACGUCACAGCAAGAGAAAUUUCUUUGAACAUAAAGAAGAAAGAGGAAGGACCUUAUUGGCCAAGACUACUCAAAGACCCAAAGAAGGUAUCCUAGAAUGAAGAUGAUGUGAACUGUGGAAAUAAAAAUUUAAAUGAAGCUAUGAUCGUCCAAGUGGUAAUUGCAUUUUGCAAAUUAACCUGAAAACAUUUUGAAACUUCAAUGGGAUUUAAACCCAUGGCCUCUGCAUUAGUGCUGCAGUGCUCUACCAACUUUGUUAUGAAGACCCAUACAUUGGGAGCAAGCCAAUUUCUUGAGUUCAAUUUUGGUUUAACUAUUGCUUGAAUUUCAGUUAUCACUGUGACGAUCAUACAGUGAAACCUGUAUUAAGUGGACACCCUCGGGGAAUGCUGUAGUGUCCGCUUAAUACAGGGUGUCCGCCUAAUACAGGUUUUGAUAGUUAACGUCAUAUGAGGUGUCAAAUGCCAUUCAAAUGAACAGUAGAAACGUUUAGAAUACUCCCAGAGACUCUGACGAUAUACGUUUGCAUUAAUUUCUUUAUCAAAGUGAACAAAUUGAUCAUAGUACCAUAAACAUAGAUUGCAACUCAAAUUUGAAGAAAUCAGAUAAGUGAAAAAAGCUUUAUACAAACAAAACGAAAUGGAAAACAAUACAGUACAGUGAAACUAAUCAAAUAAGUUCGUCAAGCAAGUUUUUAAAUGUAAAAAUCGAAAAAUUUGUGGGUGGCAAUUGGAGGCAAUCUUUCACAUUUCUGGUGUCUGGCAUGUUAGGUGAUGGAAUUUAAUUACAAGUGUCCGUUUAAUACAGGUUGGCAACAAUAGAAAUGACCAUUUCAGGGACUUUUUAGGUGUCCAUGUCCGCUUAAUAGAGGUGUCCGCUUAAUAAAGGUUUCAUUUGAAGUAAAUAAGGGAAACAAAUUUUGGGACUUCGGCUACUGUCCGCUUAAUAGAGGGUGUCUGCUUAAUACGGUGUCCGCUUAAUACAGGUUUCACUGUAUUUCCAUUUAAAUUAGGGUUUAUCCUGUUCAUAAUUAUACCUUUCCAUUAUUCUUUCACUGGAAUUAUGCAAUAAAGUUCAAGCAUAAACAAAAAGAAAACAAUAUUGUUUUCUUUUUGUUUUUUGUUUUUUCUUUUUUAUUGAAUGAAAAGUACUAAUUAGUUGACAAAAUUAGAAAAGUAAAAAACAUGGUAUCACUUUGCAUUCUCCUUUGUUGCUGAAAAUGUGUGAAACACAAUCCUUUGAUUUAUGAUCGAUUCCAGUAAUGUACUUGUCGCUUUUCUUGCAGCCUAGUUUCCUUCAUACAGAUUUCAACAGAUGGAGGGAUGAAGAUGACUCUGAAGAAGAGGACACAGCAAUAGAUGAUAACUUUGAAGCUGUAAGUAAAGUGAUUUUACUAGCUCUCUUAAAGUAACAAUUUUCUUUAUCUUUUGAACUCUUUUCACUCAAAGAAUAUUUUUCUUUAUAAGUGCACCAGGAAGCUUGCAAUAAUUCUGUCCUCAACCUGCUUUUUAGUAAAGUUUUAAAUUUUUAACCGAGUUAAAAGCAUGUUAGUUAAGUAUCAAACAAGUUUUGAACUGUAAAUAUGACAAUCUUGACUUUCAAGUUAUUCAUUUACACUGUAGGUUUUGCUAAUAAAAUUUCCCUUCUUUGACUUUGGGCAAGGCUAUAAAAAAAAGCUGUCUCCGUUACUUUGCAGCUCAAUCAUUACUUAUCAAUCUUAUACAGUGGAACCCAUUUUAAUGAACCCCACUCUAACAAAGACCCCAUUGUAAUGAAAAAUAUCUGAAAGCAGCAGAAUUACAGUAAAAUAUGUGGAAACAAACCCCGCCAUAACAAAUAAAUUUUGACGGUCCCAAAGCACAAUAUUUACCCCGCUGUAACAAAUGUUUUGUCGGGUCGCUCACAGCUGUCAGUAAAAACCACAGAUAUGAGUAGAAAUCACAGCUUGCUUUAAUUUAUAGUGUUUUUGAAUUUGAUGUCUUGGUUGUCAUUGCUUUACACUUACAGUUUACAGUAUGAAAUGAAUAAAAAUAAUGUUUUCUACGUGCAGUAUUGAAUUUUUGGUAAUUGUUUUUUAUUAAAUCACCCCACAAUAAUGAAUAUAGUGUGGAGAGUUUAUUCCUGGAUAUUGCGGCGUAUAGGGUUUAAGUAGUAAAAAAAAAAUUGUUAAAACAUUUUUGCUUUUACUUUUAAAGAUGAUGAAUCAAAUGGGUGCAGCUGGUGGACAGGUGUGUACACUGAGAUAAACAUGCUGUAUGGCAGACCUGGGUUACAGAUAAUUUUGACGUUAUCUACCACUAAGCAGUGCAUAUGUUGCCCGGUUUUAGGUUUGCUUUUCUGUAUUUUUCAUUAGUACAGGGAUCAACGUGCUAGGAUUCUAGGUCACUCUUGAUGUCUUACAAACUUUUUAACAUGCUGUCUAUAAAACACUUAUAUACUCUAGACGCUCAACUAACAUAAUAGAAACUCGUUGUUGAACUUUGUACAUGUAUAACCAUUAUAAGAGUGUACUAAUGUACCAACAUAAACGUACUUAUGCACAAUAAGAGCGUUCUUACGUACCAACGUACGAACAAGGUACCAAGUACUACUACCACCAUACAAGAGAACUUACGUACCAAUGCUUAAGAAAAAGGUACAAAAAAGUAUUACCAUUAUUCAAGUGUAUGAUGAUAGUGAUGAUGAUGAUGAUGAUGAUGAUGAUGUUGAUAAUGACAUUGAUGUUGGCAGGGGCGAUAACCACGAUGUUGAUGAUGAUGAUGGUGAUAGUGAUAUUGAUGUUGGCAGGGGUGAUAACAACGAUGUUGAUGAUGGUGAUGGUGAUAAUGAUAUUGAUGUUGGCAGGGGUGAUGACAACGAUGUUGAUGAUGGUGAUAAUGACAUUGAUGUUGGUAGGGGUGAUGACAACGAUGUUGAUGGUGACAGCCAAUGGCUAGAGGGACAUUUUUAGACAAUUUUUGUGUGAAUUAUUCAGCCUACUCAUGUCAUGACUCUCAAGUUCAAACCAUUAUAAAACUAACUUGUUCAUUGCUUUUUUACAGAGUUUUGACCCAGGAGAUGCUGGUGAAUCAGAUGACAGCGAUGAUGAUGGUAAAAUUCUGUCAUCUCCUUUCCUUUAA